GCCACUGAAGGAGUGAAGUGGUCAGCGCAUACCCUGGGCUCAGCAGGGCGGGCUAGCGCUAAACUCCAGGACUCAAGAGACAGCCUGGUUGGGGCGAGCUCUCUAGUGACCCCUUCCUUCCAGCAGCCAAAGCCUGAGAACCAGGUUAGGAACCCAAACAGAAUGUGCUGGGGGCGUGGCGGUCCCAGCGCUCAUGCGCCGCGGUCUCUGCACCCGCCUUCCCAGCGACCAUCCGCCAUCCUUCUUCCUGGCAGCAACGCCUUCGUCGCCCACUGCGCAGGCGCGGGAGCUCUCGUUCGCAAAGGCGCAGGCGCCGCCACCGGUGCUGACAACUUGUGGCCGGGCUUACUCUUACCAGGUCCUGGCGCCAUGGCCGCCCCGCUGAUCCGGAGCGCGCUGGCCGCCGCCACACACCCCUUGCGACUUCUGGUGUGUGCUGGGCCGCGCGCGCGCUCCUCGGCGCUGGCAGGGCCCCACGGAGCGGCCGUGCCCGCGCUCGCCGCGCCCUGCGCCCUCAUGACCCCGCGCAGCCUCCCGCCGCUGCCGCCUGCGCUGGGUUUCAAGACCAAGGCGGUGCUCCAAAAGCGCUGCCGGGACUGCUACAUGGUGAAGAGGAAUGGGCGCUGGUACGUGCUCUGCAAAUCCAACCCGAAGCACAAGCAGCGGCAGAUGGUAUAGCCUGCGUCCUUGCGUCCCAGCGCUCUGGAGAACAGUCGUGACCUUGCCGAAGAAAAGGACAGCUUCAGGGCUCUGUUGAAUCAGCUCCUGGGUCUUCCUUUCAGUUUUUUAGCAACUCAGAUAUAGACAGGCCAGGCUGGAGUCUGCUGGGAAGGAACCCCCUCUGUGCUGGGCUGGAGGAUGCAAAAUAAUGCAGAAGGCAAAGCUAGUUUCAUGCCAGAAAGAACUGAGUCCGCAGGCCCUCACCGUUCCUGAUGUGGAUGUGAACUCCUUGUCGCUUCAGUCCUGUCUGAGGUCGAGGGUGAAGAACAUUAACAGCAGUCUGUAACUCACAGGAAACAAUUUGUUUAGGAAUAAAUUCGUUUAUGAAUAAAUGCA